CCACUGUUUUUUUGUUCAUUUCAUCAUCACUCUACAGUCUCAACUCUCACAGUCACUCGCCCUACCUGGCUUCCUAUGCCGGUCUUCUCCUUUGUCUUAACCAACAAAUUUCUUUCUUUCUCCACCCUUUUAAACCACCCUCCUCAAAGCAUUCCCGUCCACAGACCACACUCUUCUCACUCUCCACCACCACCUAUGGCGACCGAAUCACCGCCGCCGCCACCAUCAAACCCUAAUUCUCCACACUCCUUAAUCCUCUUCAGCGGCCCUUCCUCUUUCCAGCCCCAACCACCACCACCAUCUGCACCGUUGCCUGAACUUCCCCUUCCGCCGUCUCCGUCGCGGAAAACACCUUCGUUCGGGAUAUUCUCCUUCCAGAAGCGACCGCCGGUGCGAGUAACAACAGAAUUCGACAGCGAAAGCUCGGUCUUCUUCCAUAAGGUAUCGUCGAAGCUGUUCAAUGGCCUCGCGAAGCUGAAAUUAACUUUCCAGAAUAAUCCAAAAGGCGAGGUCGCUGAGCCGCAGGUGGCUCUCAUUACGAAGAACCUUUCUAUUAAGUACGAUGUCGAGGAGCAGAAUGCUUUUGUUAGAGGAUUUUUUGAUGUUGGCCCUAAUCUCAAGCUCAUUGCUUCGCAUAAUGUCCAGGAAAAAGAGGGAGAAGUUACAUUGGCAGCAAACCUUUCUGAUCCAGGCUACAAUAUUCGACUGACAUCUGAUUAUCCUUCUAUCGGUUUGCCAAAGGCAACUUUAAAAUUUCCUUGCGGUGAAGUUUCAUUAGAGGAGAGAGAUGAUGAAGAUUUGAAGAGAGUUUUGUCAGUAAGUGGUAUUGUGAAAGGUUCCAUUCUCAAUGGGGCUUGCAUUGCUAUGUACGACAAUGAAAAUUUGAAACUAAGAUACUCCUAUAAGGAUGAUGAAAUGUCAUUUAUUCCAAGCAUUUCGUUGCCAUCAAAUGCUGUUUCACUUGCAUUCAAGCGACGCUUUGGUCCUUCGGACAAAUUAAGUUACUGGUACGACUUUGAUACAAACUAUUGGAGUACUGCGUACAAGCAUACAGCUGGCAAGGACUAUAAGUUCAAAGCUGGGUAUGAUUCCGAGGUCAGACUUGGCUGGGCGUCACUUUGGGUUGGAGAUGAAGGUGGAAAAACUAAAGGCGCGCCAAUGAAAAUGAAAGUGCAAUUCAUGCUUCAAGUACCUCAGGAUGACGUAAGAUCUUCAGUUUUGAUGUUUCGGGUGAAAAAGAGGUGGGAUGUGUGACCUAGUUUAAACAGGGUUUUUUUGGCGCUCCAUAACGGAUUUAGAAAAGCUGUUAAUCAGUAGGCAUUUUUUCCCCUGGAAAUACAACUCUUUGUAAUUUAUUGAUAUUGGCACUCAAGAGAAUGUAAUAUUAGGAGAAUUUGAGAAGUCUGGGUACAUAAUUGGGGUUUCAUCCGACUUCAAACUUGAAAAUGAACUUGGAAACAUGAAAACUUUGGAGUUUA